ACCGGCGCUUGCAUAGCUGUUGUGUUCCAACGAAGUAACCUCCUCUUUCUCACAGCCGGAGGAGACUCCCUGUUUCCUCGCUGUAUCCGGGUGUGCUAAAAUAGGCAUGGCGUUAGGCCUGUCCUGUGUGUUUGUGUUGGUAUUAUGUGCGACUCUGUUCCCUAGCGUCUCUGCUGGGGACCAGGACUGUAAGAGCUACACCGAUUCUUUUGGCGUUUACCAUUCCUCUGAGAAAUGUCGCACAGGUUUUUGUUGCGGUAGCUGUAAUUACAGACAGUGCUGUUGGGAUUAUUCUCGAUGGUUUACUGAAGAUCAACAAGAGAAAUGUCAGAGCUACAGCUUUUCUUAUAAUUCACGAGUGCCUAUGAUCGUUGGUAUUGUUUGCUCAAUCGUGGCUUUCCUCAUCUUCAUCUGCUGCUGUGUCUGUCCUUGCUGCUGCCUGUACAAGAUGUGCCGCAAGCCACAGCCCGUGAUAGCUUCAACCACCCACACCACCGUGGUUACCACUAAUACUCAGCAGUACCCCCAGCAGCCAACUGCUAUACCUGGACUCCCUCAGUCCUACCAGGCAGCCCAGUAUCCACCCUACCAACCCAUGCCAGUGCAGCCUGGGUACGGUACUCAGCCCAUGCCCACAUCGCAUUACCCUGGACAACAGUUCAUGCCAGGACCACCACCAACCUAUCAGGAAGCCACCGGUCCUACCUACCCUCCCCAGCCGAUGCCCUACAGCCAAGCAGCAUACGCCCCAGGACAGCCAACAUACCCUCUGCAACCUCCUGCAAAACUGCAGCCCUCGACAGCUCCACCAGCCCAGAGGGACUACCUAACCCAGCCGGCAUACAACCCAGAUUAUGUUGCACCACCCACAACUGGAUAGUGGGUCUCAUUCCCUUACACUCAGCCACAAACACGCUGCAGCAUUUUUGAUUUGCUUGAAGUGGAAAUGUUUACUUUGAAUGAAGAUUAGAAAUUCUGCAGCCUCAUGAUUCAUUCAGUUUAAGGGUUAAAUUUGGGGAAAUAAUGACAUCUGUUAUGCUGAAUAGUCACCAAGUAAAGAUGUCAAUGUUUUUCGGCUUGUGUUGCAUGGACUAUACAUAAUACAUGGUAAGAUUGUCUUUCUACAGUUUCUUAGUGGCUCCAACAUGGUCAUCCUAGCAAAUGAAACUAUGUCUGAUUUUAGUUUAUAAAAUGCUUUGUAAUUUCUCAGCCCUCUGUAUGCCUCAUAACUUCUCUGCCUUAACUGUCCACCAGCCAAACCUACCUGAGCCUUUCACUCACCUUUAGCAGCUGCUGUUUGAUUCUGUGACCAGAUGUUGGACAUGGUUUUUCAUGACUCUGCCCAUCAUCUGCUGGUUUAUUUUCCCAUGUGUGCUCCUUUUCCUUUUAUUUGUCUUAGGUUUUUUUUAAUGGUAUGUACCAUUUUUGUAGUACACUCCCCAUGCAUGUGUCUUUGGAGCAAGUAUUUUUGCAGACAGACUGAUGUUCACAUGUUAACAGAUUGGAUUAUGUGUGUUCAGUGAACAGGGUUGUCUUUAACCAACUUUAACUCCAGCUAAAUGGAAAUGGAACAUUCAUCAUGUAAGUUCAGCAGACUCUUGCACACAGAGAAGUACUUUUUGUCUUUGCUUGUUUGGUUGUUUUAAUUCAUUGUUUUUACCAAAGGAGAUUCCUUUUCUUAUUAAUAAACCAAACAUUCAGUCAAGCUGAAACGAAAUGAUAUUUUGCCCUUGGGAAAUGCAAGAAACAAUAGUGCCUUCGCAGCCUGGCUAUUGUUAUUAUUUUUUUAAGGGUGCAUAUAAUUUUAGAGCACUUUAAAAUACCAAGUGUUUAAUCUGCUUGGGUCACAAUGUGUUUUUUACUAUGUCAUUUAGGCCAACAUUAUUUGCAAUUUUUGCAUCACCAUGGUGACUAGUUCUUUCAGUUACAACACAAGCUUGAUGUUAUGUUUAACACGUAUUUUCUUAAGUUCUUUGCUGUUCUGUCAUUUCAUUUGUGUUACUUUUGUUAUCGUAGCUAAUAAAAAAGUUUUCUUGUGAUCCAGCAGAACCUGGAGAGGUCACAAUGAUGGGCCAAACGUUGAUCUUUUCUGUAACCACGUUGGAAAUUCCAGAGUUUUUGACUUCUUUGUGCAAUUCAUUUUGUGUUGGCUUGCCUUCUUUCUCAAAUCCAUCUUUCUUAAGUUACAUGUCUACAUGAUUUCAGUCCUUUGGCCAGUGCUAAGGCUUCAACUUUUUUCACUUGUGUCUGUCUAGUUUUAUAUUUUGUCUGUAUCACAGUUUUAGAUGUUUUAAAAAAAGGAUACCUGCAGAAGUUUAUUCUUGCUCUGUUGUGUUUUUUUCAUUAAAGAAUAUUUCAGUAUCA